UUUGAAUCAAUUCAUACAUCAGGCUAUGUGUCUGUGUGUGUGAGAGUCUGUCAGUGGUUUAUCGGUUUUUAUUGUUUCGGGGUUACGUUCAUAUUAAUAAUAAAAGUACUAUUUGCAGUUUUUUAACAUAAUAGACAGAUGUACAAUUAAACAUUCCAAGGCUAAUUUUGUACUAUAACUUCGCAAUACAAAUAGUUGACAUCAUGUCUAGAAAUGUAAUAAAACUAGAUGCAAAAAAAGUUAAUUCUGAACUUUUUACAUUAACGUACGGAGCUCUUGUGUCUCAAUUAUUAAAAGAUUAUGAAAAUGUAGAGGAUGUGAAUAAGCAAUUAGAAAGAAUGGGAUACAACAUGGGUAUUCGAUUAAUAGAAGAUUUUUUGGCACGUACUGGAUCUGGAAGGUGUUAUGAUUUCAAGGACACCGCAGAAAAGAUCCAAAGUGGAUUCAAAAUAUUUUUAGGAAUCACUCCGAGCAUAACUAAUUGGAGUGUUGCUGGUGACGAGUUCAGUUUGUGUUUUGAAACAAAUCCUAUGUCUGAAUUUGUAGAAUUACCAGAUCAUUGUUUGAGCUUGAAAUAUUGUAAUUUAUUACCAGGAGUAUUGAGGGGUGCUUGUGAAAUGGUACAAAUGGAAAUAGCUUCUUGGUUUGUGCAAGAUCAGUUAAAAAAUGAUAGUGUCACUGAACUAAGAGUUAAAUUUAUCAAACGAUUAGAAGAUGCUAUACCAGCUGGUGAAGAUUAGAAUUAAAUAAAUUUGUUGAAAUUAUUUUUAGAACUUAUGAAUUAGUUAUAUGUUGUAGUCACAAAAAUGAUUCAAGAUAAACUGUAACGGAAAUAGUAAUUUUAUAUUGAAUAUCAAAUUAUUACAAAAGAAAAA